AGCAUUAUUAUUUGUGAACACGUAGCGAAGAAGCAAAGUCUGUCCGAGCUGAAUUCUUCGCCUUUCGGCAAUCAAUCUCUCCCCCUUUCCCCUCCGAUCUUUCUCUUCUCUCUCAAAACUUCGAUCCGCCUCUUCCUUCCCUAUCCUUCUUCAGAUCUCUAACCCUAACCCUAAACUCCAACGUUUCCAUUCCAUCCACCAAUCCAAAGCUUCGCCUUCUUUCCUACGGUAUCAUCCAAUCUCUUUACUCUUUCGUCUUACGCAUUUCCGUUGAUCUGAUUUCACCUCCCGGGAUUGAUUGACGGUCUCUUGCUCGUGUGAUCUGUUUUCUUUCUGGUACAGGGGAAAUGGAAUCGUCUUCGUCGUCGUCCGCCCAGCAAGAGUUCGACUACUUGUUCAAGCUGUUGCUGAUCGGCGAUUCCGGCGUCGGGAAGAGCACUCUUCUCUUGAGUUUCACAUCCAGUUCUUUCGAGGAGCUCUCCCCAACCAUUGGUGUUGAUUUCAAGGUAAAGCAUGUUACUGUUGGUGGGAAGAAGUUGAAGCUGGCCAUAUGGGACACAGCUGGACAGGAGAGGUUUCGGACUCUCACUAGUUCUUAUUACAGAGGAGCUCAAGGGGUUAUCAUGGUGUAUGACGUGACACGAAGAGAAACUUUCACAAAUUUGUCUGACAUAUGGGCCAAAGAAAUCGAUCUAUACUCUACAAAUCAGGACUGCAUUAAGAUGCUUGUCGGCAACAAAGUUGACAAGGAAAGCGAAAGAGUUGUAACAAAAAAGGAAGGCAUCGACUUUGCCAGGGAGUACGGGUGCCUGUUUCUCGAAUGUAGUGCAAAAACUCGCGUGAAUGUAGAGCAGUGUUUUGAGGAGCUUGUUUUGAAGAUCUUGGAAACUCCAAGCCUGUUAGCUGAAGGAGCCAGCGGGGUGAAGAGAAAGAACAUAUUCCAGCAGAAGCCUGCGGAGGAUGCUUCAGCUAGCGGUUGUUGCUGAUAUGGACGUUUUUGCUCUUUCUCUUCAAUACCUCUUGUCUAGAAAUUACCCAAGGCUUUCUGCUUCAUCACCCUGAUGUGUUUUCAUGUAUCUGACGCACACAUGUCACUUUACAGUGGAUGAUUUGUACAUCAAAUCUCAGAUGGUGUUUGAUAUUUUAUCCAAG